UUGCUAUUCGCCUUUUUCUCACUUCACCCACCACCAACUUUUCUUCAAUGGCUUCUCUCACCGGCGCCGCCUCUCGUUUCCUCCCCUCCAUCAAAUUCACCAGCUCCUCCACCAAACUCUAUUUCUCAUCCUCUCACGUGUCACCUCUUAAGUGCCCUAAAUCAUCUCCUCUUUUAUCCCACGUGUUUCGCUACCAGAAGCAAUCAUUGGUUCGAGUAUCAAGUGGAAGUUUUAGCACUGUAUCAUCGCCUAAAUGUGCUGCAUCUGAUCCUGAUCAAUUGAAAAGUGCCAGAGAGGAUAUUAAAGAGCUACUUAAGACUAAGUUUUGUCAUCCUAUUUUGGUUCGUUUGGGCUGGCACGAUGCUGGUACUUACAACAAGAAUAUUGAGGAGUGGCCUCAAAGAGGUGGAGCUAAUGGAAGCUUAAGAUUUGAAGUCGAACUGAAACAUGGAGCCAAUGCUGGACUUGUAAAUGCACUGAAACUUCUCCAGCCUAUCAAGGACAAGUAUUCUGGUGUGACUUAUGCAGAUUUAUUCCAGCUGGCCAGUGCAACCGCUGUUGAGGAGGCUGGGGGGCCCAAGAUUCCCAUGAAAUAUGGGAGAGUGGAUGUGUCUGAACCUGAGCAAUGCCCAGAAGAAGGAAGGCUUCCUGAUGCUGGCCCCCCUUCCCCUGCUGCUCAGCGUGAUGUCUUCUACAGGAUGGGGCUAAAUGAUAAGGAAAUUGUCGCACUUUCUGGGGCUCACACUUUGGGGAGAUCCAGACCAGAACGUAGUGGCUGGGGCAAGCCCGAAACAAAAUACACGAAAGAUGGACCAGGAGCCCCAGGAGGGCAAUCAUGGACCGUGCAGUGGCUGAAAUUUGACAAUUCCUACUUUAAGGAUAUUAAAGAGAGACGAGACCAAGAUCUGCUAGUUUUGCCAACAGAUGCUGUUCUUUUUGAAGAUCCUUCGUUUAAGGAAUAUGCAGAGAAGUAUGCUGUAGAUCAAGACUCAUUUUUCAAAGAUUAUGCAGAAGCACAUGCUAGCCUGAGCAACCUUGGAGCUAAAUUUGAUCCCCCUCAGGGGUUCUCCAUUUAAAACAUUUUCACCCGAGGUCAACCAGAGAAGUUUGUGGCAGCCUACCUGAUUAACUACAAAUUAUCAUCUCUACUUCUGCCGUUACUUUUAAUUAGACAAGAUCAGGCUAGGCUAAUACCAAAUCCUGUGUAUCAAACUUGAAAGCCUAGUGGAGAGAAAUAAAUUCAACGGGUCUUCCCUAUUUGAAUUGCAGAGAAGCUCUCGGAUGCUAUGAACCAAAAUAUUCAGCAGAAUAUGAAGCUUUAGGGGUAGCCCAGAUAAGCAUCUCCUGACAAACUAUUUUCUAUAUAUCAUGAUUCUAAUUGGUGUUGGCACAUUUGACUUCUCUCUGUUUGGGAAUUAAGGUUUUUUGACUGAUAUGAUAGGAGAUAUGCGUUGUGUUUUCACAGUCUUGGCUUAGGAAUAUGUUGCAAUCACUCACGAUGUUGCUUGGUUAUGGACAUGCUACUUGAAUUAUACACUUCAUGCCUUGAAAUUCACUUAAUAAGGACUGGAAUAGCUGCAAUUUUCUACUUCAA